ACACCUAGCUUAAUAUUUUGUAUCACACAGCAGCAGUAGCACGCUUCACCCCGCAGGCACGGCCUAUAAAUCGCCGCCCAACAAACCGGUUGAAUUCAUUGUGUACCGCCUUACAGAUUGGAGUAAGAAGAUCAGCACGAUCAGUCCAUAUAACACUUGAUAAUUUGAGCAAUGGGUGGCAAUGGUGUAGUACCUUGUCGCUCCGUGCCUAUGGUGGCCUUCAUGGCUGCUUUGUUCCUCUUGGCAACGGCGGCGGCCUCGGCGUCCGUGCCGGCGUUGUACGUGUUCGGUGACUCGCUCGCCGACGUCGGGAACAACAACCACCUGCUGACGCUGCUCAAGGCGGACUUCUCCCACAACGGCAUGGACUACCCAGGGGGCAAGGCCACCGGCCGCUUCAGCAAUGGCAAGAACUCCGCAGACUUCCUCGCCGAGAACCUCGGACUGGCGACGUCCCCACCGUACCUCGCCAUAUCCUCAAGCAGCAACGCCAACUACGCGAACGGCGUCAACUUCGCUUCCGGUGGGUCGGGAGUCUCCAACUCCACAAACAAGGAUCAGUGCAUCACGUUCGACAAGCAGAUCGAGUACUACUCCGGCGUGUACGCGUCGCUAGCACGGAGCCUGGGCCAGGACCAGGCCAUGAGCCACCUGGCUAAGUCCAUCUUCGCCAUCACCAUCGGCAGCAACGACAUCAUCCACUACGCCAAGGCCAACACCGCUACCGCCAGGGCCCAGAACCCCUCUCAGCAGUUCGUGGACACGCUCAUCCGGUCCCUCACGGGCCAACUGCAGAGUCUGUACAAUCUUGGGGCUCGCAAGGUUCUGUUUCUUGGGACUGGGCCGGUGGGGUGCUGCCCGUCUCUGCGGGAACUGAGCUCCAGCAAGGACUGCAGCGCCCUGGCGAACACCAUGUCGGUGCAGUACAACAAGGGGGCUGAGGCCGUGCUGAGUGGCAUGAGCACGCGGCACCCGGACCUGCAUUACGCGCUCUUCGACUCCACCGCCGCGCUGCUCCGAUACAUCAACCAACCUGCCGCAUACGGUUUUGCUGAGGCGAAAGCGGCGUGCUGUGGUUUGGGAGACAUGAACGCAAAGAUCGCCUGCACCCCGCUCAGCAACUACUGUGCCAACCGGUCAGACCACGUCUUCUGGGACUUCUACCACCCGACGGAGGCCACCGCGCAGAAGCUCACCAGCACGGCGUUCGACGGAUCCGCUCCAUUCAUCUUCCCUAUCAACAUAAAACAGCUCAGCGAGAUAUAGGCUAGGCAGAGAUACUGAUUCUGCGUGUAAACAGAUGCAGUGUGUUCUCACGACGUAUAUAUGUGUGGAAGAAAUUCAAUACAGUAAUAGAUAUCUUGCUUGAGGAAGGUCAGUUGCAACAUGUCUGUGGACGUCGUCUUUGUCUCGUAAUGGCUUGGAUAAUGAAGGCACAUCUCGCCUCCACAGCAUUUUGCUGCGUGUUUAACAAGUUUUGGAACCGCGGUACUUGCAAGUU